UAUCCCCUGGGGGACCGGGAGCCAAUAGCGUCGCUCGACAACCCGGAAGGAACAGCAGCCCGAAUAGAGCGCCUGGAUUUCAAUUUCAGAACAGAAACGAAGACAUUGACAGGUCUGAUCUGAGGUCAGUGUCUGCCCCAGUAAGACCAUGAGUUUCUCCCCCACCCCCGUGGGCCCGACCGGCAGCCGUAGCGUCCAGGAGCAGAGGGAGAAGUGGGAGAGGAAGAGAACCCGUACAGUCAGGGCCCUGGUCCAAACUGAACAGAAAUACUGUAAACAACUACAACUAGUCAACACGUACUUUGUGGAGAUUCUGAAGGCCAAAGGCACCCUGAGGCAGGACAUUAGAGAAAGCAUCUUCAGUUCCAUUCCAUCCGUCUAUUCAGUAAACCAGACGUUGUUGGUCCGUCUGGAGAACGGGGACUUCGGCCGUGGAUUUGAUGACUUCUGUCCUUACCUCCACCACUACGUUACCUACGUAGACAACAUCCAGAACGCCAACAGGGUCCUGGCGCUCCAGGUAAAGAAGAACAAAGCCUUUAGAAGGUUUAAGAAGCUCCAGGAGUCCAGACCAGAGUUCCUCAACUGUAAACUAGAGGACCUCCUCCCACUGCCCAUACAGCGCAUCCAACAGUACGAGCAUUUCUUACGGGAUCUGUCAGAGAACACAAGUCCAGAUUACCCAGAGUUCCAACCGCUUUCAAGGUCGGUGAAGCUGAUCUCUGAGGUAUCCCAGCGUAUCCAGGACAACGCCCGCAGCCACGACAACCACCUGCAGCUGCGGCGGGUGCAGAGACUGCUGAAGGGGAGAAAGACCAAGGUGGAAGCUCCAGCCCAGGGCCCCGGCUGGGGGCUCAGAGGCCUGUUGAUGGGUCUUUACAGACCAGGGGCCCGGCUGGAGGCUCAGAGGCCUGUUGAUGGGUCUGUACUCGGUUCUGCACAGCCCAGGGCCCCGGCUGGGGGCUCAGAGGGCUGUUGA